AGUUCCCUCCGUAGCUCUCUCAUCCAUGAAGUCGUUCAUUGUCCUCGCCUCCCUUGCUGCCUGCACUCUCGCCCAGCGCCUGCACAUCGCAGGGCCGACGGCCGGUCAGACGGUCGGUGCGAACAGCUACUUCACGGCCGAGCUGCAGAUGGACAACACGCUCAGCUCGAUGUCCCAGAAGAGCGUGCUCAUUGCCCUCACAGCAUGCUACGACGUCUGCUCCCAGCCCGCGCAGUGGGGCCCGGGCACUGUGCUCUACAACGGCACCUUCAACCCGCAGUACAACGUCUCUGCGCCCCAAAAAGGCCUCUACCAGGACUUCCGCCUCCAACUUCCUGAGGGCUGGCCGUCUGGCGAGAGCGUGCUCUCGGUCGCGCACCAGUUCACCGUUGGCGCGAGCGAGAUCCCCGUGUUCGACUAUACAACUGUCCACUUCAACGUCACCGACCCGGAGAACCCAGAGAACUGAAAAUGGCAGGACAUAGUGAAGAACAGUGCCUGAACACUCUUAGCACGAUGUCAACGGACUGCCACGGACACUCGGACUUACUUACGAACAUUCACGGACAUCUUACGCUCAAUUACGUAGCUUAAUGUACCACCGUACACUCUCCUAGUAAUGUAAUUGUAGCACCAGCUACAGUGUGCUGUAUCUCGCGUCCCUACUCUUUGAUAUGAGCAAGUCAC